UAAAAUACCAUUUUAUGAUCCCACAUGAUAAAUAUACGUUUUGUAUGCUUUCACUUUUAACAGCAAACAUUCACAAUUUCUAAAUCUUAGACAGAGCGUUUCGAACAUGAAUUUUCCGUGUGGUUAUAUAGAUAAUAUGCAGGGGUGUAUUUUGCAAAAAAAAACUCUUACGUAUAAAUAAUAUUUUGCCCUGAUUCCGUACUUUAUCAAUAAAAGUAGGCAACUUAUUUUAGAACAUGUAAGUUAGUUUAGUAGGUGGGUAAGUAUGCAUACAAAACUAAUUUAUUUAAUUUUAAUAUGCAAGACACUACUUAGUUAAUCUAUUUAACUUACCUAAUGACAGUAUUAAGACUAUGUGCCAUCAUAAUUAUUAUUUUAAUAAUACCGCGCUCACCUGUAUAUGAAUAACGGGCUGACUAUCUACCUAUACAGGUUGGAUGUAUUGCGUUUACUCCUAUCUUUGUCGUUCGACUUAAUAAUUGGAAGGUGCGAGUGAGACAGGUGUACUCUCGAUUAGCACUCGUGGAAUGCGGUGUUGCGUUCGCGCAAGCCACUCCGGUCCAGUCAUUUCAUUCGUCGCCGACGACGCUGUGGUGGCCGCGGGCAGGAAUCACUUAAAAACUUAACCGUGUAAUCAAAAUAUGUGUGAAAAUUGCCGUUAUACGAGUGUUUGUCUGCUAUCUAUAAGUGAAUAAUAUUGUGACAGUUGUGUACAACACUUGUGUUAUGAAGUUUAGUGAAAGUUGACGGAGGUUUUCAAGGAACUCGGGUGUCUCGUCGCUUAUUUACCACAUGGCGGGCUCCGGGGGCCUCUCGGAGUGGUCGGAGGGCGCGUCGGUGUGGUUCCAGCCGCCCGGCGCCAGCGCCCCGCUGCCCGGAGAGCUGGUCGAGGUGCACAGGGCCGCCAGGGUGCUGCUCGUCUCCGCCGUGCUUAAUGGCCAGCCUCAAACUUUCGCCCUUCAAAUGGGCAACGGUGAAGAUGAAGGUGAUCCGGUUUGGCCGCGAGAGGAGCUCGGGGCGACCGGCGUGGAUGACAUGACGAGACUACACGACCUGCACGAAGCCGCCUUACUCUGGAACCUGAAACUAAGAUACGAACAAGGCUUGAUAUACACGUACGCGGGCUCCAUACUGGUGGCUGUCAAUCCUUAUAGACCAGUCGACGCUUUGUAUGGCCUGCAGACUGCAAGGAGGUACCACGCAGCAGAGGCGCUAGGCGAUCUCCCACCACAUCUGUUUGCCAUAGCGGCGGCUGCGCGCGCGGCUCUUCCCCAGCCGCAAGCCAUACUCAUUUCCGGCGAGUCCGGCGCGGGCAAGACCGAGUCCACCAAGCUAGCGGUCCAGUUCCUCGCCGCCGUCGCCCCCGCGCCCCCCGGCAGGGCACCAGUCUCCGAACAAAUCCUAGAAGCAGCCCCCUUACUCGAAGCCUUCGGAAACGCAAGAACACCAAAAAACCACAAUUCUAGUCGAUUUGGAAAACUCUUGGAAUUGUAUUUCAAAGAUGGCUCCCUAGCUGGAGCGAGAGUUGCACAUUACUUACUCGAGAAAUCUCGAAUAGUCACACAAUCACCAGGAGAAAGAAACUACCAUGUAUUUUACGAGUUGCUGGCGGGCCUGGAUGAAGAACAGAGGCGGUCCAGAGGGCUUUUGACAGCUGAACAUUAUUUCUAUUUAAAUCAAGGAGGAGAUUCUGGUGGCGCGGGUGCCGGAGCAGACUGGUCAGCACUAUGUGGCGCCAUGCAAGUUCUCGGAAUUGGGGAUGCAGAACGAGAAGACAUUAUAAGGGUUUUAGCAGCUGUCCUGCACUUAGGAAAUGUGUACUUUCACAGAAGACAGUUGCGCCACGGUCAGGAAGGUGUUCAGCUGGGCGGGGGCGCGGAGGUGCGCUGGGCGGCGCACCUGCUGAAGGUGCCGGCGGAGGCGAUGGCGCGCGCGCUCACCACGCGCGUGACGGCGGCGCGGGCAGAGCGCAUGCGCUCGCCGCUGCCCAUCGACCAGGCGCUCGACGCACGAGACGCCUUCGCCAAGGCGCUGUACUCCUCGCUGUUCAGCUGGCUGGUGCUGCGAAUAAACUCGAUAGUCCACCGCGCCGGCCUACACGAUGCUCACAGAAUUUCUCUCCUGGACAUCUUUGGAUUUGAAGACUUAGAAGAGAACUCUUUCGAGCAACUUGGCAUUAACUACGCUAACGAAACUCUGCAACAUUAUUUUAAUAAGCACAUAUUUAAAUUAGAGCAACAAGAAUAUCAGAAGGAAAGAUUGGAAUGGUCCAAUUUGACGUGGAACGAUAACUCUCCUGUGAUACAGUUGCUGAGUAAAAAGCCUGUGGGUAUCCUUCACCUUUUGGACGACGAGAGCAACUUCCCGCGGGCGUCGGACGCCUCAUUCCUAGAAAAGUGCCAUUAUAACCACGCUCUGAAUGAAUUGUACUCUCGACCGAGGCUGGGGGCUAGCGAAUUUGGUGUCAAACACUACGCUGGCCAAGUGUGGUACAACGUGGACGGAUUCCUGGACAAGAACCGCGAUGCUCUGAGGGCCGAUGUCCUGGAGUUGCUGUGCAGCAGCGAGGUGCCCCUCGUCGCGGAGAUGUCCACACAGCUGAGGGCUCAACACGACGCCAACAAGACGCUGCCCAGAGGAGCUAAUGGACGAUUCGUGACUAUGAAACCGAGAACUCCCACUGUUGCCGCGAGGUUCUCAGACAGCCUGCACCAGCUGCUGGAGUCCAUGUCCCGCUGCAACCCGUGGUUCGUGCGCUGCGUGAAGCCCAACACGGACAAGUCUCCCAUGAAGUUCGACAUGCCGUGCGUGCUGGCGCAGCUGCGCUACACCGGCAUGCUCGAUACCAUCAAGAUCAGACAGACUGGAUACCCCAUCAGGAUACCCUUCCAGAACUUUGUGGAUCGGUACAGGUAUUUGCUGAAGUCGACUCCAUCGCGGUCUACGCCGUACAGAGAAAUUUGCAACUCCAUACUGGCUGAGAUGCCACCUACCGGCGCUGCCGGUGCGGACUACCAGCUGGGCGCGGCGCGGGUGUUCGUCCGCGAGGCGCUGCACCGCGCGCUGGAGCGGGCGCGCGCCGACAAGCUGCGCGCCGCCGCCACCAAGCUGCAGGCCCACUUCCGCGGGUACCUCGCCAGGAAGCGCUAUGCCACGCUCCGCGACUCGGCAGUGCGGCUGCAGGCGUGGUGGCGCGGCGCGGUGUGGCGGCGGCGCUACGCGCGCGUGCGGCGCGGCGUGCUGCGCGCGCAGGCGCUGGUGCGCGGCCGCCUCGCGCGCAAGCGCCUCGCGCUGCUCAGGGAACAGCAUCGCCGCCGGGCCGAGGCGCAGCAGCGGGAGGCUAAACGCCGAGCAGCUGAACAGAAAGCCGUUCAAAAGGCGAAGGCUGACAGUCUACAAGUACUGGAGGUUCCCGCCGAACUCGCCUUCAUACUGACCAAGCUGGACGACUUUCAGCCGCCACACACUGAAAGGAAUUUGGCUAAGGUGGCUGGAGACGUCUACGCCGAAGAAGAACGCAUCCAGCUUCCUCGCGACCUGCAACAGUUCGCCUUCUCCAAGUUCAGCUCUGUAUACUUCGCGGACGGAGGGCAGCUCAGUCCCAAGAAACAUCCCAUCACUAGGCCGUUCUUAGCGAAAGCUGCUGUUAGGGAUCAAGAUUUUAAUGACGCUGUUGCCACUUUCAAACUUAUAUUGAGGUGGUGCGAUGAAACAGCAGCUGGAAACGAAGCGAGGCAAAAGGUGUUGGCCGACUACAUAGCCUCCCGCGGGCUGUCGUCCCGCGGCCUCCGCGACGAGGUGUUGGUCCAGAUCUGCAACCAGGCGAGCGGCGACAACGCGUCGGAGCGCGUGUGGCAGCUCAUGGCGCACUGCCUCGCCGCCUUCCAGCCCGGACCACCGCUACAUAAAUACCUCCUCCGCUUCGUGCACGAGCGCGCCCCCGCGGCGUGGCGCUCGCAGCUGCUGCGGCUGCUGCAGGCGGGCGGCGCGGCGCGCGCGGCCGGCCAGGCGCGCCGCGUGCCGCCCACGCUGCUCGAGUGGCGCGCCGCCAAGGCCGACGCCAAGGCCGCGCUGCCGCUGCGACUGUACGACGACUCAGUACAUCACGUGAGCGUGGACUCGUGGACGUCGUGCGAGCGCGCCGCGUCCGCUGCGCUAUCCGCCGCCGGCAUCGCGCACAACGCAACCGGCUGGUCGCUCACUAUGGAACAUAAUGGACAACUUACUGAAUGGGCGGGCUGCGAGUACGUAUUGGACGCAGUGGGCGAAGUAGAGACAUGGGCGGCGCUCCCGAGCGGGCGCGCGUCCCCGCUGCGCGCGGCCGCGCGACACCCGCCGCCCGCGCCGCCGCCGCGGGCCUCCUCCGUCGACACCGACAAGCACUCCAGGCCACAGAUCCCACCACCGGAGCCACCAAAGUCUCGUUCACCAAGCAUCCCACGAAUGCUUCAAGAUUCUAUCAUCGACGAAGACGGCUCGGAGUAUAACUGGCACAUUGAGAAGCGCGAAGAAUCUCAUACAAUGACCAAACACAACAACGAAUAUUCAAGAAAGAUCUCACACGACGUUCUGUCUCGAGAGUCGGCAUUAAACGAACGAUACUUCGAACAAACUUCAGAUAAAGUUCGAAGCAGAUCUUUAGACAAUCUCUUAGGUGACAACCCUGUUCCGCCGCCUAACAAAUUGUCAGACUUGGGUCUGUCUCAAUCAAGGUUGAACGACCGUUAUCACUCUGUGGAAAGACUGGUAGGGGCGCCAAGUGUGACCAGUAGUAAAGGACAGAUUGAAAUGGAGUAUGGCACGGGAUCUCGUGCUGUUCCCUCGCGGUACAUAAAGUCUCAGUAUGCAGGGAAGCGUGCGCCGGCGGGAUCGCAGUCUAGCCGCGCCUAUAUUGAGAAGAGCUCUGAGUUUGGUGGUGUCAGGUCAUCAGCUAUGUCGGACACAUCAGAGGCCCCGAGUCUUGCGUCUCAUGUGCGUCGCGUCCGCGUCCCCAGCCAGGCGUCAGACGUCGACCAGUUCUUAGACGACUUAUUCUCACCCGUACUCGAUCCUAACAUCGAUGAAAUGUCAGACGCCAGGUCUCUAGCCGCCAGCAUCAAGGGAGGCAGAAACUACAGCGACUUCAUCGACAGCGUUCUCAACUGCGAAUACAAUGAGGAAAUCGAAACUUUAGGCAAUGCUAACGAAGUCCAACAACUUAUCAAAGGCGGUGGUAAAGAGGAUAAAGACAAAGGAAGGACGAGCAGGAAGCAGUCAAGUGUAGACUCUGUCGAUGACUACAUCACGAACCUAUUCGAUCCUAUAUUUAUGAAUGACAGUCUGAAACGUCUGACUGACGGUGAAGGCCUAUCAGGUGCCAUAAAGGGUGGUGGAGCGACGCCUAGAGCUGCCUCAGCUAAUACAUCAACACUUAGUUUCGGAGCCAUGCAGUUGCCUCCCACUAUGCCCUCCACUCCUGAAGCUCUGGCAGCAGCUUUAGGUUUGCACCUGCCACCUCCAGGAACGGUCGAUAUCAAUGCGUAUCAUCAGAAUCUACAGCGAGCUUUCUUGCAAAGUGCAAUGGCUCAAAAUCUUCAAAUUCAACAGCAGUUACUGGCACAAAAUCAGGCUCUGCAGACCUUGUUGGCGGGUCAGGUCGUGGAACCUUCCGAAUCAGAGCCGACAUCACCAGUCCGCGCUUCGACAGUUGUUCACGCUCAAGUCCACUCGCCGCCGAGAAACGCUGUCAAAAUACGUCGGGAGUCGAACGAGAGUAUGUCUGCUGGGGCUCCCCCACCUCCCCCACCACCGAUGCCGCCACCGCUACAUUCCACUGAUCCAUCAGAAAUAAAGGGCUUCAUCGAUCCCUACGGCAGAGCUAAGACAGUUCGAAUUGGUAAAUGGAGAUGGCCUCCGCCUAAGGACGCAGUUGGUCAGGACCUUUCACAAGAUUUUACGAAAUUCAAGUUACGCCAGAUCCAGAGGCGUCACACGCCACAAGCGCAGACGAACGGUAUGGAACAUGAACCACCUCGCGGUCGUUCUAAGUCAGAAACUACCCCUGGAAUAGAGUGGGAAGAGUUUGAGGUAGACGGUCCAGUGGUGUCACCAAGCCGGGAGCCGCCGAACCAACGCACUGCCAGACGUAGCUUCGAAAUCGGAGCUCAGCGUCCAUCACCUGGUAGCGUUGGAAAACUAAAGCUGAGUUCUGAAAUGAGGCAAAGAUUAGAACGGGUUACCGCGAACCACUCAGUGCGAAGUACAUCAUCCGCUGCGGAGACGCCGCGAACUAUAAACAAAUUGGAAGAUACUAGGAAGUUGAUGUUAGAGAGGCAGUUGGGAGGCGGCGCGCGGUGGGACGCGCCUCCGCCGCCGUUGCCGCCCGCGCCCCCGGGCCCCGCCCCGCCCCCGCCCAUGUCCCCGCCGACACCACCGGAAGGGCCCGCCCCGCCGCCGCCAGCGCCUGAUGCCUCAUCUACUUUCGCACAGCUGAGACGCGAUAGAGACACGUUCGGAGUUCACCAGAACCGUGAAGCUGACGAUCGUCACGCUUUCUUAGCAAACUGGAAUUCGCGGCGCAGAGAAGACUCCGAACCUCCUCGAGAUGAUUUAGCUACUCGCUUCCUGACGGCGGACAGACGUCACUCUGAAAACAGAGUCAGAGAAGACUGGGGCGAUGAGUCCGAUGUGCGAAGCUACGAUGAGCGAGGCCAGGGUCGCGACGAAUGGGACUCAGAAUCUGGGCACGACACGACCGGCCGACGAGACAGAGACAACUACUCUGGCCGUGAAGCGUCGGAGAUUUACGAAGUCCACACGACAAGAACCGAACGCAGAAAAGAAGAGAACGGUAUCGACGAUGUGUAUGAAAGCAAGCGCUCCCAAUUCUAUGAUGAUUUUGAACGAUUCGACGGUAGAAAGAAUUCUCGAGACAUGUUGGUUGGUAAAAUGCGGGAUAGCCCUCGUUCCGAUAUUAUAUUCCCUCCGGAUAGUAACGACACGUCGAAAAAAACUGAAAGAGCGACAUUCAAAACUCACAUGGCGCAGAAGGAGAGAGACAGGAAGCUAGAAGCAGAAAGGAGACAGUCUGUCUCAACGCACGUCACUGAUAGAACUGAACAUUUAGAACGUGAUGUACCCGCUCCAGCGGCUCUUUUGCCAUCAGACCGCUCUUUCUUGACUUACAGUCGAGUGCCUUGGAAACUGCGUGUGCGCAAGGAAGUGUUUACGCCUCUCGAAACUUAUAACGAUCCGGCCAUAUUAGAUCUACUUUACGCUCAAAUUGUCCACGACAUAAACUCCAACCUUCCAUCGCUGCGUAUCUCGGCUAGCGAGCGUCGCGCGGGCGCCGCGUUCCUGCGCUCGCAGAGCGGCGCGCCGGUCAGGGCCGCCACCAAGCGCCAGGCUGUGGAGAUGGCGCGCAACUGGCCCUUCUACUUCGCCAGGCUAUUCACCGCGAGGGUGCCGCCGGGAGAGAACGCCGUACUUGCUGUAUCACAUAAUGCUGUCACUAUUGGUGUUAAAGGCCCAGCCGGGCUGACGAUCCGCCGCUCCCUGUCGCUCAGCGGUCUCCGCGCCUCGUCCUCAGCCCCGCACUCGCUGCAGCUGUCGUCAUCUCGCGAGCCGCCGCUGACGCUGCACGUGCCUCUCGCGCACCACGCACAUGCGCUCAUCGCUGAGUACGCGCUGCAGUACUCACAGGUUCAACCCAAACCAACAUCAAACGGUGUCUCAAAGGAACGCGUCACGGAACGUGAGACCCGAGAGACGAGAGAGUCCAGAGACACGAGAGACAUCAGAGAGACAAGAGAACCUAGAGAAGCGAGGGACUCAAGAGACUCUAGAGACUCCCGCGAAAUACGCGAGCUUCGCGAGACCAGGGACUCCAGAGAGGAAACCGACCAUGUGGAGCGAAGAGCGCAGACUACGUCACCUGUACCGCGGGAGAGGGAGAGGGAGCGCGAGAGAGACAGGGACAGGGAUAGGGACAGGGAGCGGGAACGAGAGCUGAGAGACGAGAGAAGAGACCAGACCACACCGCAACACGACGGCAGACAUCCACUACUGCAAUUUGCCGUCGACCACUUCAGACAGAGCCCAGAACUCGAAAUCCUGAAAGCGGAUUCAUCACUAAAGAGCAAGGCAAAACGCAACGAAUGGACAUGGAAGGCCCAGACAGACGUAGUGAAGUGGCAGGCGACGCCGCUGAGGGCGCCGCUGCUGCGCCUGCCCGCCGCGCUCGCGCCGCCCGCGCUCGAGUGCUUCACCUGCGUGCGCGCGUACUGCGGCGACCUGCAGCCCAACGAGCGGCAGAUGCAUCAGGACCUCACCGAAGUUAAAUGUGUUUACACUGUGCUCAUGCACUGCCACUCAGUCCCGGAGCUGCGUGACGAGGUGUACUGCCAGCUGAUGAAGCAGACCACCUCGAACAGGUCUCCGUCAGGCGAGUCCUGCCAGCGCGCCUGGCGCCUUAUGUCCAUACUGGCCGCUUACUUCACAUGCUCUGACACGCUCCGGCCGUUCCUAGUGGAGUACCUAUCAGCGGCGGCAGCAGACCGGCGCCGGCCCUGCCAGGGCACCGCCUCCGUCUGCCUCGCCAACCUGCGCAAGACCCUACGCUGUGGCGGCAGGAAGAACGUGCCCAGCGUGGAAGAGGUGACCGCAGUGUCGGCGGGUCGGUCCGCGCGGCGCCAGCUGUACCGGCUGCCGGGCGGCGCCGAGCGCGUCGUCAACACGCGCUGCGCCACCGUCGUGCAGGACAUCGUCAACGAGCUCUGCGAACUGAUUGGCGUGACGAGCGAGGCGGAGCGCGCGGAGUUCUCGCUGUACUGCAUCGUGGCGGGCGACGCGCUCACCAUGCCGCUGGCGGGCGACGAGUACGUGCUGGACGUGACCACCGAGCUGCAGCGCGCUCACCAUCCCUUCUACCUCAUCUUCUGUCGCUCCGUGUGGCACCACCCGCUCCGGCCCGACGCGCCCAGCUUGUAUACAGAGGUGCUCUUCAACCAGGUGGCCCCGGACUACCUGGAGGGGCUGCUGCUGGUGCUGCCGGGCGGCGGCGCGCCGGGCGCGGGCGUGCUGCGCGACGUGGCGGCGGUGGGCGCGCUGCUGCACCGCGCGGCCGGGCUGGGCGAGCCCGCGGCCGCGCGCGACCUGCGCUUCCUGCUGCCCAAGCCGCUGCUGGCGCUGCGCGAGCCCCGCGCCGCCAAGUGGGCGGGCUGGCUGGCGGCCGAGUGGCCGGCCGCGCGCGCGCUGUCGCCGCCCGCCGCCAAGGCGCGCGUGCUGCAGGUGUUGUCCCGCUGGCCGCUGUUCGGCUCGUCGUUCUUCGCGGUGCGGCGCGUGUCGGGCGCCAGCGACUGGCGCGAGCACGUGCUGGCGCUCAACCGGCGCGGCGUGCAUCUGCUGCACCCCGCCACGCACGAGACCGACACGCACUGGCCCUACGCCGAGCUCAUCUCCACCAGGAAGGUCCGCUCGGAGGACGGCACGCUGUUCCUGGACGUAAAGUGCGGCUCGCUGCUGCAGCAGCGCGUCACGCGGCUGCAGGCGGAGCAGGCGCACGAGGUGGCGCGCCUCGUCCGCCAGUACAUCGCGCUGCAGCGGGACCAGCGACACGACACAGCUUUCAACAAUUGAAAAGCGAAUCAAACGGAAUCAAAGUUACACAGACUGGAUGAGUGUGCAGUGUAUUAUAUAAUGUAACGUUAUACGCGCAUGUGCAUGUUCACGUACUUACCUCAACGCAUCGUAUCCGUCCGACACAGAUCUGAACCUAGUAUUAAGACGCAACCGAUUGAAAUGAUAAUAGGAUUUUAGGGCACAAAAUGUUACGCGCCCCGCGCUUUAGUCGUACGUACUUCUAUUUUCAUUUUAGUCAUCGCUCGUUUGUUAAGUAUUUAUAUAAGAGCAUUAUUUUAAGGAACAAGUAAUCUCAUAUACAUUCCAAUACUUUUAACCAAAAAGUAUGAAUUUAUAUUACGUUAUUUACCUAUAGAUAAUUUAAAUUGUAUACAUUUCGAACACAAUGCAAUUAUUUCAAGUACACUCGAUUAAUUUAGAUUUUAUCAUGUGAGUAAGAUACGGAUGUAAGGCGUGGGCCAUUUGUGUUUCCCACCAAAACAGAACAAGAUUUGAAGCGUCCACAACUAUUGCUGCGACCGUUCUAACCGACGAACAUUUUUAAAUUGAGAAAUGAUGUAUAAAAAUAUUGUAUGCAGUAAAUAACCAGUCACCCAAGCUAAAACAACCAAAUAAAUAUUGUAUUUGUAUAUCUGAAUUCGUAAAGCGAACCGAUUAUGUUCUACGGACAUUUAAAUAUAGAACACAUUGCUCAAACUUGACAACUCGGCCAAAAAGGUCAGACAAAUAAAAAUUAGGAUGUGAAUGUUGGCACCACGUAAGGGGUGGCCGUUAUAGCUUAUUCGCGCCGCACCUCCACACUUUAUUGCCACAUAAGUUCGCACCUUGCCACCAACGUGCGUAAAGUUGUCAAGAUUAUCAUAGUGUAUGGUACAUAUUAUAAUUAUGUAAUUAGUUUCGUACGUAGAUAGUUCAAUUUGGUGUCCAUGGAAUUCGUAUUAUGUUCUUAAUAGUAUCGUUAUUUCCACAGACAAAACUUGAUAUUAUCUACCUACAUAAAACAGGUUAAAUUCUUCUUUAUGAUUUGUUCUUACGUGCCUUAUAUUUUCUCAAACUCUAACAAAAGGUGCUAUUUUACCUUAAAUGUAAUGUACUAAUAUAAAUUGAAUAUAAUGUUUGUAGUAUGAAAUCUUUAUGAAAUUAUCCAAAGACCGCGAGGUCGGAGUCAUGUUUAAUGUAUUUACUAUAUAUUUCGUUAUAAUGUAAAAUAUUUAAUGAAUCUGAUGUAUGAGAAUAUAUUGUAGAUAAUAAAUAAAAGUUAUAUUUUCGA